UGAUCUUAUUGUGGCUCAAAAACGGUUGUUUUAUCCCCUACGAGAGAUAAAAGGAAAGAUUUUUUAAAUAUUAGAAUUCAGGAACCAGAAUUAAUAAAAAUCUAGGAGAAAACCAAAAAAACAAAAAAGAAUUAGAACCAACCGUACACGUGGCUAUCGUCGACGGACGAAAUAAGGUCUUAGCCCUUUAUAUGAUUGAUCUUCAUCACUCACUCUGAUGAGUCUGAAAUCGAAAAGCAUUCACACAACGAAGAUCACUAAUGGCUCUCGAGGCAUGGUUUAUGGAUGAUAGCAAUGAAGACCAGAGACUUCCUCAUCAUCUUAACCCGAAAGAGCUCGUCUCGUUGGAUUACUUGGCAGAGUUGGGAGUGUUGUACUGGAAGUUGAACCCUGAGAACUACGAGAAUGAUCCUGAACUAAGCAAGAUUAGAGAAGAACGGGGUUACGAUUACAUGGAUUUGCUGGAUCUGUGUCCCGAGAAAGUCAGCAACUACGAAGAGAAGUUGAAGAACUUUUUCACAGAACACAUUCACAAGGACGAGGAGAUUCGGUACUGUCUAGCGGGAAGUGGCUACUUUGAUGUUAGGGACAAGGAUGACCGUUGGAUCCGUAUCUGGAUGCAACCGGGUGAUCUUAUCAUCCUUCCCGCCGGAAUCUACCACCGGUUCACACUUGACACCAGCAACUACAUCAAGCUAAUGAGGCUGUUCGUGGGAGAACCGGUUUGGACACCAUAUAACCGGCCACAGGAAGAACAUCCGGUUAGGCAAAAGUAUAUAAACGGCUUAACCCACAAGUUUGGAGAAACCAUUAAAGCACAUUAACAAGUUGUGUAUGUAUAUGUAUUGUAUACUCCUAAACAGUAAAAACAGAGCCCCCCUUCUGAAUAGUUUGUUCUUGUAACAUACUUUUGAGAUACAUCAUACAUAUGCCUUUUUUUUAUAUAACA